AUGCCGCAUCUCCCCCUCUUUCUUCUAUUCCUACAGUACCCCCUAAUCCAAUCCAGCGGCUACCUUGAACUCCUUCUGAAAUCCGCAUUCCCCCUCAACGCCUCCAUCGAAUUCUCCGAUGACAUCUAUUUCCCCACCAACAAACGUGUCUACAACCUGUCCUUUGGCGUCGACGAGCUCCGAAUGCUCACGAAUAUUCCGGUGACAUUCCACCGUCCGGCUACCGUACUCAUAACGAGUGGCGCCGUCGAGAAAUUCGGAUUGAAGUUUGAAACGAUUCGAUCUGAGAGAUGGGAUACGAGAGUGAUGACGAUCAGUCCUGAGAGGAUUCAUUUACCGUUCAGUGGAUUCGUUAUUGAUAUCAAGUGUGAUAGAAACUGGUACGGCCCCUAUUGCGACCAAUACUGUAACAACAAUCUCGCCGAGACCGUCAACCGUCGAUGCACCGAUUCCGGCACCCUCGGGUGUCCCCUCUACUCUUACGGUCCAAAAUGUAACCAACGAAUCCACGGACCCGAGUGUGAAUGUCAAAAUAAGGGCGUGUGCGUUUCAAGUUUCCCGAAAAAUUCCACUGGGGUUACUGUAGAUGAGUUGGUAUGCGAGUGUCCGUAUGGAUAUGUGGGGAAGCGAUGUGAGCAGAAGGAAUACGAGUAUGCGGCUCCGAUUACUGUAGAAAUGCACGGAUUUCAGAGGAAAUCGGAUUUGAUGGAACAGUUUUAUAAUCAAAGUCUUGUUGUGAAUGAGUUGAACGUUUUUCGGUGGAUUUGA